AUGUUGCUUUACCUUACUGCCUUUGUCGCUGCGUUUUGCAUGUUAGCAAACUCUCAAUUUCAAGUUGAAUAUGAAUGGUCAUAUGUAAACUUCACUUGGCCUACGAAGGGUGCGUACCAAAAAGCCGUCCGAGAUGGUACGUAUGUACCUCAGAAUAACGCCAUUGUUGCUAUAAAGUUCUACAAGGAUAACAUUUACAUGGCAUUGAUGCGAUCGAGUCAAGGUACUCCGGUGACUUUAGCUACAAUGAAGAAUGUUGCUGGUGGUGGAGUUAAGAGUAAUCCACUGUUAAAGCCCUACCCAUCUUGGUCUAUGAAUCCCCAGAAGAGUUGCAAGACCCUACAGAAUGUUCAAAGCUUAGAAAUCGAUAGAUCAGGAAUCAUGUGGGUUUUGGAUGGGACGAGAAAUGGAGAUGUUACAAAAUGUCCAGGGAAAUUGGUGCUUUUGGAUUUGAAUAGAGGCGGAAAAGUGGUGUAUUCGUACACGUUUCCAGAAGAGAUUUGCAUGAGUAAAGGUUGUUGGUUGAAUGACAUCGUGCUGGAGGAGAGGUUCGGAGGUUACGCUUAUAUCACGGAUUCCAGCGAUUCCGAUCCGGGCUUAAUAGUAUUUUCCAUGAAGCAAAAGAAGUCUUGGAAGCUGCGAGAUGCUACAAUGUUUGCUAAUCUUAAGGUGGUCAAUUAUACAGUCGGUGGAAUACAAGUUCCUAUUGUGUUAAAUAUGGAUUCGAUCGCCAUGACUCCAGUUCCGAAAAAUCCAUCUGCAGAACGUCAAAUCUUCUACUCUCCUUUGAGCAGCUACAAUCUACAUUCUAUCAGCGAUUGCAUCCUUAGAAACGAAACUUUAGCAGCCACUUCGAAUUGGAGGAAUCAGAUUAAGUUUUUAGGAUUUAGACCAUCUAUAGGCGAUGGUAUGAUCGUUGAUAAUAAGGGUGAUCUUUAUGUCGGUUUAAUCACCGAAAAUUCUAUUGCCAAAUGGAAUAUACAUGAACAGAACUUGAACCUGAAAACAGUUACCACUAAUAAUAAAGAGAUGAUUUGGCCGGAUAGCUUCGGUAUGGAUGACGCUGGUAAUAUUUACAAUCUUGCUGAUUUUGUGAAUUACUUUUUCAUCGGACCACUAAAGAUGUCAGAUGAACCGAAAAUCAGAAUUUUUAAGAUGCAUAUAGGAACUAAAAGUUAUUUGUACACUGAAAUCUAA